AUGUCGGCAAACAAGGCGGCCCGGGUGGGCGAGGAGAUCUGGAAGGGCCGCAUAGACAAGGUCAACGCCGAGCUCGUUACCCUGACCUACGGCACCAUCGUCGCCCAGCUGUGCAAGGACUUCGAGGCCGACUACGUCGAGGUGAAUAAGCAGCUCGACCGCAUGGGCUACAACAUUGGGCUGCGUUUGAUUGAGGACUAUCUCGCCAAGUCAAACACGAUGCGCCGGUGUACCAACUUUCGAGAGACGGCCGAAAUGAUAUCCAAGGUUGGCUUCAAGAUCUUCCUCAACAUAACACCGACCAUCACCAACUGGACCAACGACGGCAAGCAGUUCUCUCUCGUGUUCGAGGAGAACCCCUUGGCCGACUUUGUCGAACUCCCCGACGACGGCCGCGCGCAAGACGAGCUCUGGUACUCCAACAUUUUCUGUGGUGUUCUGCGAGGCGCCCUGGAGAUGGUUCAGAUGCAGGUAGAAGCGCACUUUAUCAGUGACGUCCUCAGGGGCAACGAUACAACGGAAAUGCGGAUAAGCUUGAUAAGAUACAUCGACGAUGAGCUGCCGCCUGAGGACGACUAG